AUGAAAGAUCAAUUCAUUGCAUUCAUGGACAAGAUGUUCCGGAACCAUCACGCUGAGGUUGCACCCCCACUGAAGAGCACAGAGAAGCGAUGGUACCUGCCGACCUUUGGAGUUUAUCACCCUCAGAAGCCAGACCAAAUCAGGGUCGUCUUUGACUCCAGUGCGCAACAGGAUGGCAUCUCACUUAACAACGUGAUGCUCACCGGUCCAGACCUGAAUAACAGCCUCCUUGGAGUUUUGAUACGCUUCAGGAAGGAACCUGUAGCAAUCGUCGCAGACAUUCAGCAGAAGUUCUACUGCUUUGGUGUGAGAGAGGACCAUAGAGACCAUUUGCGAUUCCUCUGGUACAGAGACAUCGACUUGACGAAAGACAUCAUCGACUACAGGAUGACAGUUCAUGUUUUUGGUAACAGCCCAUCUCCUGCUGUCGCCAUAUACGGUCUCAGACGAGCUGCCCAAGAAGGAGAAAGCGACCACGGUGCAGACACACGAGAAUUCGUAGAAAGACAUUUCUAUGUCGACGAUGGACUCACGUCUCUUCCCACUCCCAUUCAGGCAAUCGAUCUAUUGCAGAGGACCCGAGCAUCACUUGCAGAAUCAAACCUACGAUUGCACAAGAUCGCUUCAAACAACGCCGCAGUGAUGGCAGCCGUUCCACCAGAGGACCACGCCAAAGGUAUGAAAGAUUUGGGCCUCGGUGGCGAAAGCGGAGUCGUACAACGCAGCCUAGGUUUAUGCUGGGAAAUCACUAUGGACACAUUCACAUUCAGGGUGACGACCGACGACAAGCCAUUUACUCGCAGUGGAGUACUGUCAAUGGUAAAUAGCCUUUACGACCCUCUCGGCCUGGUAGCCCCGGUAACCAUACAAGGCAGAGCCCUACUUCAUGAACUCACAACCAAUGCUUGCCACUGGGACACACCUCUCCCCAAAGACAGCCUGAAAGAAUGGGAGAUGUGGAGAGAUUCGCUUCAGGAGCUGAAGGAGCUUCAUAUCCCUCGCACAUAUGCUAUGAAGUCUCUCACCAAGGUACGGCAAACCGAGUUGUGUGUGUUCUCAGAUGCGUCCACCAGAGCCAUUGGUGCAGUAGCUUAUCUCCGAAUCCUUGACGAAAACGGACAGACCGCAGUGGGAUUCGUCCUCGGAAAAGCUAAGCUAGCCCCUCUGUCCGAACCUACCAUACCUCGACUGGAACUAUGUGCUGCAGUGCUAGCAGUAGAGAUGGCAGAGCUCAUCCUAGACGAAAUAGACCUCAAAAUUGAUGUGGUGAAAUUCUACUGUGACAGUAAAGUUGUACUAGGUUACAUUAACAACGAAUCCAAGCGAUUUUACGUAUACGUACACAACAGAGUCGAGCGUAUACGUCAGUCAACGAAGCCAGAUCAGUGGCACUACGUGCCUACAGAGCACAAUCCAGCAGACCACGUUUCACGGGGAAUUCCAGCUUCCCAGCUCGCAAGUACAUCAUGGUUCACGGGACCGCCAUUUCUCUUCAAGCUGAACCAAUCUCCUUCAGAGAAAUCGAACCCCUUCGAGCUAGUUGAUCCAGAGCUAGAUGUAGAAAUCUGCCCCAGGUGA